CGCAUUCAAUCUCAAAGAGCAUCAAAACAACACAAAAUAACACAUUAUACUGCUAUUAAUAUAUUAUUACACUUCACUUUUCCUUUACUUUUGAAAAUGACUCUGGAGCAAAAGAAUAAGAAAAUUGUUACCGAAUAUUUUGACCGCUACUGGGUCAAAGGCGAUGUUUCGGUAGUGGAUGAGCUUUGUUCCGAUGAUUUCAUCAUGUCUUAUCCUAACCAUGGGCCACGACAUGGGAAGGAAGGGGCGAAGAAAAUGCUCUCAGAGUUUAUGCAGGCAUUUCCAGACUUGACAUUUAGGCAGUAUCAAACGCCGUUAAUUGCCGAGGGAGAUUAUGUAGCUGCCCAGUGGGUUGGGGGAGGAACUCACACCGGAAUUGCCUUUGAUGAUAUGGCUGUUGGAAAGCUUGCUUCACCAAAUUCCGGAAAGAAAAUCUACUUUUCCGGCAUGACAAUUUUUACAUUGAAAAAUGGUAAAAUUGUAAAGGAAAUCGCUGAAGAAGGAGGGUUGACAGUGCUUCAACAGCUUGGCCUUGUUCCCCAGCCGAAUCCUGGUAAAGAGAUCAAAUGGGAUGCAGAGGGCAAUCAAAUCUACUAGCCAACUUCUCUUUAGGUAUAUUCUGAAAAAGGGAAUAGAAUCGUGGUAGAGUAGCUUCCAG